ACUUCUACAGUCCCUGAACAGACAGUGUGUUAGAAAGAAGAGCAGCAGAGAUGGGACUUCAGUACGCUCUGAAUUUCUGGAUACUAGCUGUUGUCUUUUUACCAGGGGCCCUGGGUAGCGAAUAUGGUGCAGAGUAUUCAAGAAAUCCACUCUGUGCCAUCAGAAGUUCCACUGUGGUGAUUCCCUGUUCAUCUAAAUAUCCAGAUUCAUUUAAAGUAGAGACAGUCAUGUGGUGUCAGGAUGAUGAGUACUGUGAUAAAAUGCUGUACGUCUCUCACAGCAGUAAUACACACAUUAGUGCUGAAUACAGAGACAGGGCAGAAUAUUUAGGGAACAAAGAGAAGAACUGCACCUUACAGAUAAAGAACAUUACAGAUAAAGAUGCUGGUGUGUAUACAGUUAGGUUCAUGAACAAAGAUAAUAAAGUAAGAUGGAGUGGAAGACCUGGGAUGACUCUUAUAGUUUAUGAUGUGCAUUACUCAGAGAGAAACCUGUGUGCAGUGAGAGGAUCGACUGUGCUCAUUCAGUGUGAAUAUGGAUAUCCAGAGCCACACAAAGUCGACUCCAGGAUGUGGAGUCAUAAUGAUGUGGACUGUACUGGAAAACCAUAUGUCUGUCACAGUAAUAAUACAAACAUUAGUGCUGAGUACACAGGCAGAGCAGAAUUCAUGGGGAACAACACAAGGAACUGUGCAUUGCAGAUAAAGAACAUUAGAGAGACGGAUGCUGGAGAGUAUAGAUUCAGAUUCAUAACAAACAGGUGUGAGAAGUGUGGUGGACCUGGAGUGAUUCUUCAAGUUGAUGAACUAAAGGUGGUGAUGACCUCAUCCAGAGCAAAUGGAACAAUAAGGGAAGGAGACUCUGUGAAUCUGACAUGUGGCACAGACAGCUGCCCUCUCAACCAAUCAGAAUUCACCUGGUUUAAGGACAACCAGACACUCCCAGAAACACAGUCCACACUUCACUUCAGUCCCAUAUCCUAUCAUCACACAGGAAAAUAUUCAUGUGCUUUAAAUGGCAGAAAGGUAGCUGUAUCUAACGAAGUGAAUAUUAUUGUUGAAAAUCAUUUUAAUACAAUUAUUAUAUUUACUGUUGUGGGAAUAUUAUUGAUUGUGUUAAUUGGAGCUGUUGUGAUUUUUAUCUUCAUGAAAAGGAUAAAUUCACUCAAUGUGGACAAAAUCAAAGAAGGAACUAAGAAGAGAGAAGACAAGGACCUGCGCAGUGAUUCAGAAAAACAGGCUGAGUCAGCUAUUUAUGCCAAUUGCAUGGAUUCUUCUAAGGAGAAGAGUGGGACCAGCAACAGAUAUUCUGAGCAAUCCUGUGACCUCCCAGACUAUGGAAAUGUAAAUAUUCAAGAAAGAGUUUAUGGAAAUGUAAAUAUUGAAUUAACCGAGUAUGACAAUGUAAAUAUCAAAGAAAUGGCAGAAUAACAGAGCAGGUGGAAGAGAAACAACUUGGGUCAAAAACACAUUAAAUAAAUGUACACAUCUCGCCAAUGUGGGGAAGCAAUAAAAAAGGCGAACAGAAUGUUGGGU